GAAUCGGUGCUUCCCUUCAACUCUCAACCUCUCACCGACUCACCAUGCCAUCUCUCGUUCUCAACCUCGCAGUCACUACAACCCCUGGCCCCUACUGCCCUACAACGCUCGCCGCUCACCUCCAGCUGAACUCUAAGGCUGCCGCUGGGUCAUCUCAUCCCACCUCUCACCGUGGCACCGUGUUGUCAGCCCUUCAUUGCAAGUCAGCAACGCUCCUCACUCACCACCGCUCACCUCCAGCUUUGAAUGGUGGGGACUCCGAAUAUCCGCGGGGACCUAUUAUUACCGCGGGGAUGGAGACGGAGGCAAUUUUUGACCCUCCGCCAAAAUUCUCCGCGGGAAUCCAUGUAUUCGCCAUUGACAGGGAUGGGGAUGGGAAUGGGGAUGGGGAUGGGGAUGGGGAGGGGGUCCCCACCUCCAUAGGAACCGUUGCCAUCCUUACAUCUACUAAAAACCGUGAUUUUAAUGCUAAAUUUGGUCCAUGAACUUUGACUCAAUGCAUUUUUUAGCUUUGAGUAAGUUUUUGCACUUUUUUUUGUUCCUAACGUGAUAAUGUGUACUUUUUUCUUUCUUUCGUCAGCCAAAGUCUAUGUGGUGUUAGGUUGAUUAAAAAAUUAAUUUUUCC